UUGCGUUGUGUGCAACUCAUGUUUGGUAACGCAAUCAUCUCAAUAAUUUAGCGUACAUUAUGUUGCUCGAAGAAAAACAUAUUAGGAAAGUGAUCAAAGGAUGUUACGAACUGGGAGUGCAAGUCUCCGAAGAACUAGCUUAUGUAUUUUUUAAAUGCUGGUUAUUAAAUCCCUAUGUGAAGAAUUUACAAAAACAACCGUUAAAAAAUGCAAUGAAUAGAAUUAUAAACCAAUGUAUUCAACGCUUAUCUGUUCAAAAGGACCCAGCUAUAUUAUGCAUUAAAAUGCAAUUACUUAUAGAGAACGACUAUAAAUGUAAAGGAUUUAUUAUAAAUAAAGUUAAUGAAGAAAAUGAUCAAAAAAUUAGACCAUUAUUGAACGACAUUCUAGAUGAUGUAGAAUACACGGGAAACAAAAUGAAUGCAUACAAUCAAAAAAUAAUACAGUACAUAAUUUUAUCCAACUAUAUGGGAGAUCCUACUUCACCAAUACGUGUUCAGGAAAUUUCUGAUGCAUUAAAUAACGUAUUAAAUCAAACAAAAUCAUCAGCAUUUGAAAACCAAUUAUCAUCUUUAAAAAUAAAUCGAUUGAAAGAAAUAUCAAACUUGGUAUGUGGCAUUUGGCUUCACAACAUGGACCGUAAAGAUAUUAAAGAAGAAACAUUGGAUAUGAUAGAUACACUUCCUAAUGCCGUUGAUUUGCUUCUACAAAAUAUUGAUCAGGAGUUAAGAAAUAAUUCUAAGAAAGUGGUAAUGUUAACUUCAUGGAUAUUUCAAUACUAUAAAGUGUACAAUGAAAUAUUAGCUCCAAUAUUUGUUAUAAGGAUAAAUUUAGCAACUGUUACAUUAAAAAAACUGAAUGAUUAUAAAACUAUAUUGGUAUUUUAUCUACAGUAUCAAAAAAAUUUAGAAACUAUCAACAACGAUUUAAAUAAAUUAAAAAUUGAAUUGCCUGCAUUAUUAAAUAAGAUUAACUUUACAUUGAAAGAAAUAAAAAAUACAAAUAACUGUGAUGGUGAAACAAUUUUUCCAGAACUCAACAAUUUAUCAAUAAUUUGGAAUGAUAUUAGAGGGAUUAUGAAUUAUUUGAGCAUUACAUGUAGUUUAAUAUUCACCAUGAAGCAAAUGACAAAUGAACUAAUUAACUAUAGUGAAGAUUUUAAUAGUAUGUCAAUCGUGAAUACAAUAUCAACCAAUAAUGAAGAACUGUAUACAAUUUUUGAGACAUAUCCAUUACACCCCAUGUGUGAAUGGCAUCCACCAACCAGUGCAAAUAUUGGAAGGAACUUUUUUGCAGAUGGAUAUUGUGUAGUGAUGAUAGUUGAAACCGAAGGAACAUUAAUAAAACAUGACAAAACCUUUGGUGUAAUACAGUAUUCUGAUGAAUGGUUUGGUUUUUCAAGUAUUCAAGCAGCAUUACAUUUUGGUACAAAACCAACAUACUAUUUGAACCACUUUUUUAACUUAUUGAGGUCCAAAACACAUUUAUUAUCAUUUUUCCAUUUAUAUGAACAAAUGGCAGGUAUGCAAAAAAAUUUCAAUGAAAUGUAAGUAGCAAAUUGUGUAAUCUUUAUAUAAUGUAUAUUUAUAAUUUAUACAUAUAUAGAAUGAGUGAAAAGAACAAGUACAAGGAUGCACAAGUGCAAACAGUACUUUAUCUACAUGACACAACUUCAAUAAACAACAUCAUCCAUAAUUCAAAGGAAAUAAAACAAUGUAUCAGAAAGAAUAAGAAAGUAAUUAAUACUGCCAAUAAAACAUUAAAAGUAGCAACUCAAAGUGCACAAACUGUAGAUGUCUACAAAUCAGUACAUGUGCAAACCAGAUUGUGUGAUGUUGGCUCUAACACCACGAGUGAAAAAGCCACCAACACAAAUCAGUCAGUUCCUCAAUCAUCCGUAAGGUUUAAAAACAAGUCUUAUGCAAGUGCCGAGUAUGAUGAUAUAUACAGUUUAGUAUGUUAAACUAAAACAAUAAGGUCUACUAACAAGUGUCAAACAAAAUUCAAAGACAGAAAACAUCAUAGGCAUUAAAUUAUUAUUAUUCAAUUAUAAAUUAAUUAUAAUAAAAUUAUGAUGUAGAUUAAUGUCUUAAAA